GGGCUCAGAAUUUAAGGCCUUUUCUGGCAGAAGAGAUCACCAGGCCGGCUAAUCCUCCCAGCUGAGACCGGUUGGUGCCAGAAUCUUGUCUGGAAGCUUCUAGCAUUUCUUCUGCCCCUCGCUCCCAGCACUUUGAGACCAGACCUCCGCGGUUCUGCAAACGGGGGGAGUUGUCUGUGAUCUUUGAUUUUUGACAGUGAGGCUCAGGAUGGCUUCCACGCGAAUCCGAGAGGCCAGGGAGAGCGAUUGUGGAGACAUUAUGAGGAUGAUCCGGGAACUGGCAGAGUUCGAGAAACUGUCCCAUCAGGUGAAGAUCAGUGAAGAAGCUCUGCAAGCAGAUGGCUUUGGAGAGAACCCUUUCUUUCACUGUUUGGUGGCAGAGAUUAUCCCAGCACCUGGGGAGUCACAAGGGUCCCUUGUGGUGGGCUAUGGGCUGUACUACUUCAUCUAUAGCACAUGGACGGGACGAAACGUUUAUCUGGAAGACAUCUAUGUGAUGCCGCAAUAUCGGGGUCAAGGGAUUGGUACCAAAAUAAUCAAAAAGGUGGCCGAGGUCGCCCUGAAUAAGGGUUGCUCCCAGUUCCGCCUGGCAGUUCUGGAUUGGAACAAGAAGGCCGUGAACUUGUACAAAUUUCUAGGGGCUCAAGACCUGACUGAAUCGGAAGGCUGGCUCUCCUUUCGAUUUGAAGGCGAGGCAAUGAAGGAGUUGGCAGGACGCUGACUUACGCCCUCUCUCUCCUGCCUCUUCUUUGGGAUCACCAUAUCAAGUUUUCCUAAGACCAUAACCAUAGGCACUGACCCAGACAGACGCUCACCCAGAGGCCUCCCAGGGUGCAGACUCCUGAAGUACAGAAAGAGUGGAAGUAAGAGGGAGAAGCCUUCCUAGGAGCCACAAAUAAAAUACUUGCUUUGCCCUCAUGGGUAGAGGAUGUGA